CGAUCCCUUCCCCCCUCACCCUUCUUUCCUCCCAGCUCUCACUCUGCUCUGUGCUCUCCUAGCCAAGCUUCCACAUUCCCAGCAACCUUCGCCGCUUAAUCCAGCGCGCUAGACACCACCAAGCUCUCCUUCCGUUCCAUGAACCACUGCUCCUAGACAGGCUUGCAUUGAGCUCGAGCGAGUGCCUCUGCCGUCGUGCUCUGCUCGUGGCUGUGGUGUGUGUACCAGAAGUCCAGAACGCGAGCUUUCUGCGUGUUCGUCUGCUGGGAUGGAGAGGUGGGGGGAAAAGGGGGCGGCUCCGGCGCCGGGGAGGGCGAGGCGGUACGCCGACCAGCCGUCCUUCUCGUCCACGCUGCUCGACGCCAUAUACAAGUCCAUGGAUGAGCCCGACGCCGCCGCCGCCGCCACCACCAAGAAGCAGAGCCAGGACCUGCACUACAGCUACUACUACAAGGCGUCGCUGGCGGGGAGCUACCGCGCCGGAAGGGCGGCGUCGGCGGUGGCGACGCCGGGGCCGCACGCCACCACGUCGAGCUCAUCCGAGUGCUCCAGCUACGGCGGGUUCUCCUCGUCCGAGGCGGAGUCGUCGCAGCACCGCCGCCUGCGGCCCAUCCGCACGAGCGUUGCCGCCGCCGGGGAGGCGCCCGCGCCCGCGCCGGAGAAGACGAAGAAGGCCGCCAAGAACAAGCCGGGCGCCAACAUCCGCGCCAAGCUCAGGGACCUCCGCAAGCCGGCGUCCCCCGGCGCGCGGCUCGCGGGGUUCCUCAACGCCAUCUUCAACGGCAAGCGCGCGCCGCCGACGCCGCCCUCGGCGUCGCGCGCGGCGGCGGCGUCGGAGUCCGCGUGCUCGUCGGCGUCCUCGUACUCGCGCUCCUGCCUCAGCAAGACGCCGUCCACGCGGGGGCAGCCGAAGCGCACCGUGCGAUUCAUGGACAGCGACACCGAGGCGGCGGCCGCGGUGCCGGCGGCGGGCACCGAGCGCCGGCGGGUGCAGGUCGGGGUGGUGGAGCUGGAGCGGAUGCUGCUCCACCGGAUGGAGAUGGACAGCGACGAGGACGACGAGAGCAGCGACGCCAGCUCCGACCUGUUCGAGCUCGAGAACUUCGCGGCCGUCGCGCCGGCCGCUGGCGGGGCCGGCGCGUACAGGGACGAGCUGCCGGUGUACGAGACGACGAGGGUCGUGCUGAACCGCGCCAUUGGGCACGGGCACGGGCACGGGUACGCGCACGGGAGGAGUACCAGAGUGGUGUAAUUUUUUUUCUGGAUCCGGGUAACUGCAAAAUGGUGGAGUAACUGUAAAAUACGAGUGGUUUGGGAGGGAAAUGGUGAUUGGGGCAACAAAUGUUUGCUACUCUGAUCUACUACUAGUGAUCUUUGGGAGGCUUUCUGCUGGGAUCUUUUUCCCCUUUUAAAUUUUUUCCGGUGUCGUUAUUGUGCGGUUGGUUCUAAUUCUAGUGGAGUAACUCAGCAAAUGGCAUGCUCUUUUGUCCUC